AUGUCACUUAAAUAUGCUUUGGCACCGGGGUUUAGAACUAAAUUACUUAAAAAUUUAACCGAAACCAAAAGUUCUAAUAAGCUGAAUAAUAAAAAUGUAAUUUUUUCAUCUUUAGACCAUUUACAAAGACGGAAUUUUACGUACAUUGCCUCGAAUCGUUUUUAUUAUAAUAAUAAUAAUAAUAAAAAUAAUGAGCAUAGGUAUUAUGUCCCGUCAUUGUUUUCGUUAGGAGGUAUAUUAUCUAUUUUUGGACUUGAAAAAUCAGAUGAUAAAGAAGAUUCCAAUAGUUUUACAAAAGAAAUUUUAAAAACUUUGGGUUUACAAAAAGAAAAAGAAGAAACUGAUGAAUCUAAAUUAAUUAUGGCUAUCAAAAGAGGCAUUUUGUUAAUACAAAAGAAAGAUUUUAAAAGAGCAGAAGAAAUGCUUCAUUCAGCUUUAAGACUGGCUCAAGAUAUGGAAGAUGAAGAUGGAAUUACUUAUAUUUAUGAUAUUUUAGCAAAUUUAGCUUUUAGUACUGAACAAUAUGUUAAAGCAGAAAAAUUAUUUGUCAGCGUUUUACAAAGGCUAAUAGCCAAAGGGGAAGAAAAAGAUAGUAAUCGAGUUAUCGAUAUUAGUUUAAAAUUGGCAAAAAUUUUCGAAACUAAAAAAGAAUUCAAUAAAGCUGAACAGGGUUAUAAAUUUUGUAUAGAUACUUUGGAUCCAAAACUAAAAGAUGAAGAUGAAGAUACCCUUGCAUUGUGGGGUAUGAGUAUGGAUUGGUAUGCGAGAUUUUUAUUAGAAGUAAACAGAAAAACGGAUGCUUUAAAAUGUUUUCAAAAAGCUUAUGAAAUGUGCGUCAAAGUUAACGGAUUGCUACACGAGCAGACGGUUGUUUUGUUAAAUGAUCUGGGAACUGUUUGUAGUUUGUUGGGUGAUAAUGAAGGAGCUUUAAGUUAUUUAGAAAAGGCUAAAAAUAUUGGAAAAAGUUUACCAGACAUGAAAGAUUUAGCUGCAAUUUAUAUUAACUUGGGCCAGCUUUAUUUAAUGAGAGAAAUGUACAGAGAAUCAAAAUUAGCAUGCCAAGAAGGUAUGAAAAUGGCUAAAAAAAGGGAAGAUGAAUCUACAGUUUCUGAAGCUAAAAAUUGUUUAGAUAAAAUUAAUGAAGUAUUAAAUAAAACGGAAUUGUAUAAAAAGAUAAAGCCUACGGCUCAAGUUUUGGUGUCUUAA